AUGGGUUUUUCAGUGGGUUCUGGUCGUGUUUCUGAUGGCUCCAAUGACUCCGAUGAUACUGGGUUGAGGUCUAAAUUUAGGGCGAUGGCUCCGGCGUUAUGGGAGGUGGUUCAAGGCCAAAGGCAGUUCUUCCAUUCACUAAUUGAACCUACUUUUCUCUUGCUUCUUCUUAGCACACGGAUUGAAGAAAGGGUUUUGGCGGACCUUCAGUUGUUCGGUAUUUGCUUCCUACCAUUGUUUCGAAGAUUAGGUGAGGUGAGGGAAGACAGGGAAGAGUGUAAGAGCAGGCAAACACUCAGAGAUAUGGUGGGGGUUCAUUUUGAAAUCAGGUUGUUCAAGGCCAAUGGCUGAAAGAAGGUUAUCAUGAAUUCAGACGUUUUGGACGUUAGUUAUGACUUUUCGUCAAAAUCCAGAUUAGAAGUGGAGAUCUAAGUCAGGAAACCAAAACGAACAGACAAAUCCCGUCCUUGAUUCUUUGAUUCUUAAUUGGGAAAAAUUGAUUGUUUAUUUGAAUUUUAUUUGUUACUUGUUUUCAUCGGCCUUUAUUAGAUGCGGGUGGUAUUUUAGUUGUGGUUUUGGGUUUGUUCUUUGGUCUUUUCUCAGUUCUUUGGUCUCUUACCCAUGGUUGCAAGUGGUGGUUAUCAGGCUCCUCCCACCAGAUUCACAAGCAAUAACUUUAUUUUUGUUUGGGGGUUUAUAAAACCCAAAAGUUGGAUUUUUAGUUUGUCAAUCUCUCCUCCAUAUUUAAUAAUAGACCGUACAUUUCUUUAAUUUUUCCUUUUUUCUUAUAUGACCCUUUGAAACUGAGUGACGAAG